UUCAGAAUUUAUUUUCAAGGACAACAGAUUGUUUCUGCCAAUUCGCACUUAGAGAGUUUCUUACCUAUAGUUAAUCUAUAGGACGGAAAGAACGUACGUAAGCUAUGUGGUGUUGCAAACUGUACACAUGUUGUAUCUAGAGAAAAGACUGAUCAUUACAUCCGGGCAGGCGGAAAGAACUAUAUGCGCGUCUGCAAUUCUAUAUACUUUCUGUCAUCACUACAUCUCCGAUAGAGAUGACUACACCUACCGCUUUUAUUGCUCCACCUAAUACAGCGAUAACGGUGAUUGCAGCAUAUUACUGGGUAGACACGAUGGCAAGAGGCAGUGUGCCAUGCACUGCUCUGCAAGGUGGUGUCGACAGCGACGGUCAUACCAUCUACGUGGGUCGAGCUUACCAUGCCGGCGACUGGUUGCCCGCAAAAGUGAUUCCAGGCAAGAACGUGGCAUACGUAGCGUACAAUGGCGAAGAAAUCGCUGUUGAUAGGUAUCAGGUCCUGUGUGAGCAGCAGUUUGAUUGGGUACCUUGCAGCGGUAGUGGCAUUCCACCAGAUGCUGUAGAAGGCGGCAGAACCUCAGAUGGGGAACCACUUUAUAUUGGCAGGGCGUAUCAUGAAGGAUCCCAUACCGUUGGAAAGGUUCAUCCAAGCCAUGGAGUUUGCUACAUUCCCUACAACUACAAAGAGAUCGCAUAUCCGGACUAUGAGAUUCUUGUCUUGAGGCAUUAAAUUUUUUUAUUUAUUUAUCAUAAUGUUUCGAACUAUUUCGAUCGAAUUUUUGCAAAAUAAAUAUGAACUUAUUUACAUGUCUGUUUCUGUCAUCUCUAUAACCGUUAUGUACUGUGCCAAGGUCCGCUAAAUGAAUUUUUGAGAUUUUUAGACAACUGCAUAUAAAAUAAUGUAUAUUGAAAAGCUGUCUAUUAAUUUUGUGUGCUUCGAUUUUACAAAAAAUGUUUCAAUUUCUGUUUAAUUUGACAAAUUGUUCUAGUUGUAAGCCUUUUAAGAUACAAACAUCCAAACUCUGUUGCUAC